UGUAAGGAAAUGAAGGGAAGUUAAUGGAAAAUAUACCAGGAAAUGGAGGGAAAUUAAAGGGAAAUGUGUAAGGUAAUGGAGGGAAACUAAAGGGAUAUAUACCAGGACACGGGGGGCAGUUAAAGGGAAAUGUGUAAGGAAAUGAAGGGAAUUGAAGGAGAAAUGUACCAGGAAAUGAAGGGGAAUUGAAUCAGGCAACCUAUACUUACAGAUCUGUCGGGCCGGUUUCCUGCUUUUAGGCGAAAACGUGCCACCUUUUCACAUACCAUGUUCUCGUGAUACAAAAAUGUAAAAUUCGGGACACACGCACACACACUUCCUGAGGUGUAUGAAGCGCUGGAGGAUAUUAGGUGUUAGGCGGCGUUAGGAUGUGUUAAGAAGUGUUGGAGGACGUUGGGUGUUGUUAGGAGGGGUUAUACGUUAAGCGGUUUCAAGAGGUGUUAGGAGAUGUUAGGAAGUGAUUUUGAAGUCAGAUUAUGCGAUACAUCGAGCUACGAUGACACGAGGAAAUACAGUUCUCGAGCUGUUUGGAGAUUGGACGAUUCACGGCAAGCAGAAACGUCGUCAUCUUUGAUCCGUCGCAUCGACCUAGUUCAACCAUGCUUUUGAUGCAACAUCUUUUAGGUAGCGCGAUACCUAUGAUCGUCAACAUGGUGAUUUUGUUCUACGUUUGCCAACGCUUUUUUGCAGCGACGAGGCUGCGACGCAAGAUUAUGUCGGAGAUGGCCGAAUUCACCUCGAUCGUUCGUCGAGCUAGAGAGAACGUCCAGUUCAUCGGGGAUCAGGUGGUCAAGGGAAUGGAAGAGAUCAAAGGAGAUGUUGGAGAGGAGUUGCGAAUUACUGAUCGGUUGACGACGCAGAACUCGAAGCUGGCGGCUAUGCUUGGUCGAUUCGCGACGCUCGAGGAAAACGUGAUCGAGUUGGUGCGUAUGGACCGCAAUCGCGAGAACGUGAUGAUCGAGACACCUGUGGACGUGAACGAGGAAAUCAGAAAGAUCGUCGCGACAGUCGAGGGCAAGAAAAAUGAAUAUCAAGAGCAACCAGAUGACGUUGGUCCAGUAGCAGUGGACGUCCAUCGACGCUCAACUCGCAACUCAGCUCAUCGAAAUCCUCUGUCGAAAUUUUCCGCCUGUGGCCCGCGAGAAGUAGCUUUUGCUGCGCGAAAGACUAUCGACGAUCGUCCUCGAACUCCGACUACUCCGGAAGUACAGCUUCUAGGCGAGUUCGAUCGUUCGAUCGCCAUACGAAACGAUUCGAAAUACGAAUAGUUGUUUGGAGGGAAUUGAGAGGUAAAUAAAUGGAGUUUUGCUCCAUGUUCAACGUUUCAAAUCGAUGAAAACCAUGUUAAAGCUGUUUUCCUAACUACCAGGCGUCAUUACAAUGCGAUUAAAUUAAUUAGAAUUAAUCAGUCGAUAUCUGAAUUAAUUAGUUGAUUGUACGUUGAACCUUUAUGGCGCUUAAUCGCGAAACUAUUAAAAAUAUUAUUAAUUGAUGGCCGCUUAUGCAGGGUGUCAAGAAACAUGUGGGAUCUUCUUUAGAAUCAAGUCUUCGUACUGGUAUAAAUGAAAAGUACCUUACUAUCUUGCGAUUUUUACCUUCUCGUCAUUUUUUUUAUCGAGAUAGUAAUUAAUAAAAUUGUCUGUAUCGAAUCACAACUCGACCUAUGGAAAUUGUAGGAUUAAAGAAGGAUCCGGCCAAUUUUGGUUUCUUCGCGUGGUAGUAUUUAAAAAAUGCGACCAAGGAUGAGGGAGUUAGUUUGUCAAAUCGUUUAUUCUCGCAGAAGGGAUGUUACUGCUAUACAGGUUGCGACGAGAAGACGCGUAUCGAGAAGAACCACGACGAGGACGAGGACAGACAAUGGAAAGAACGGAAACGUCAACCAUAGCGAUGGGAUCGAGUGGUCCGUGAAUAUUUCUAAAAGUAAAUGCGGUACAGUAAUGCCUCAGAUGUUGAUAAAGGUUGAUAUAAUAAGGUGCUCGUAUUCCUGACCAGAAGUUAUCUCCCGCUACGCUUGUUUACGCUUGUUCCAACUGAUGGAACAUCAAUCCUAUUGUAUUCUCUACCGUUACCCCUCAUAUUGAUAAUCGUGGUGCGAAUGAUAUCACUUACAUCCGCACUAAAAAUUAUAAUUUGAAAGUG